AUCUAUCAAAGACCCUUUGGCCUCACAAGCUGGAAAUAUGUCUUUAUUGCAUCAAAAACAAGAACAUGACUUCACCCAAAACUGGAUAUAUAUCACAUGCUUAGAGAUAAAGAUUAUAAACUACUUCAUUUUGAGGUAUUAGAACCGCUUGAACAAUAUUCCCCGUAAACAUGAUUCUAGCACUGUUAAACGAGCUUGGUCUUGCACCUCUCACCAUUUUAAUUUUGUCACUGACUAUCCUAUGGUACUCAAAUAUAUCACAGAACGAAAAAUCCAGGUUGCUACCAGGGCCUCGUGGUCUACCAAUCGUGGGAUUUUUACCAUUUCUCCGCUCCAAUUUUCAUAACCAGCUUACAGAAUUGUCUCAACAGUAUGGUCCAAUAUACAAGUUUUGGCUAGGAAGUAGACUAUGCAUUGUGUUGAACUCAGCAUCCUUAGCCAAAGAAGUGGUUUGUGAUCAAGACUCUAUUUUUGCCAACCGUGACUCUCCAAUAGCAGGAUUGGCAGCCACAUAUGGUGGACUAGACAUUGUAUUUUCUCCCUAUGGCUCCUACUGGCGUGACAUACGCAAACUCUUUGUGAGGGAGAUGCUAAGUAAUAGGAACCUUGAGGCUUGUUAUAGUCAUCGCAAACAUGAGAUCAGAAAGGCAAUCAGGAGCGUGCAUACGAAGAUUGGCAACCCCGUUGAUAUUGGUAAAUUGGCUUUUGUAACUGAAAUUAAUGUAGUCAUUAGUAUGGUCUUUGGCAGCAAUUUUGUUGAGGAGAUGGAGAAGCAUGGAACUGUUGGAGCAGAGUUUAGGGAAUUGGUGACAAAAAUUCCUCAACUGAUUGGAGAGCCAAACAUAUCUGAUUUCUUCCCUAUGCUUGCCAGGUUUGAUUUACAAGGAAUAAAGAAACAGAUGGAGGCUCUUUUGAAGUCAGUUGAAAGUAUAUUGGAACCUGUCAUAAACGAACGAAUAAAGAUGCUUUCGGACAAAAGAAAGGGUGAAAUCCAGGGGAAUGAGAAGAAGGAUUUUAUACAGAUCCUAUUAGAGCUAAUGGAGCAGAAAGACACAGGAACACCAGUGGACUUGCUGAAAAUAAAGGCCAUAUUGGUGGACAUUGUGAUAGGUGGGACUGACACUACAAUCACUAUGGUCGAGUGGGUAAUGAGCGAGCUUCUGAAUAAUCCAGAGAUAAUGGCAAAGGUGCAACAAGAAUUGAAACAUGUCAUAGGCAUGAAUAACAUUGUUGAAGAAUCCCAUUUGCCAAAACUACACUAUCUUGAUGCAGUUUUAAAGGAGACGCUACGUCUACACCCUGCAUUACCACUACUUCUCCCUAAGCGCCCGAGCCAAUCUGCAACAGUAGGUGGAUACACAAUACCUGAGGGAACUAAAGUAUUCUUGAAUGUUUAUGCAAUUCAUAGAGAUCCUCAAGUGUGGGAAAAUCCGACUAAAUUCCAGCCUGAAAGAUUCUUGAGUCAAUCUACAAAUUUAAACUAUACUGGCAAUAAUUUCAAGUACCUUCCAUUUGGAUCAGGGCGGAGAAUUUGUGCUGGCCUUCCUUUAGCUGAGAAAAUGCUUAUGUUUGUAUUGGCCUCAUUGUUGCAUUCCUUUGAUUGGAAACUCCAGGAGGGGGAAAAGCUUGAUCUUUCAGAAGGACAUGGGAUUGUCAUUAAGAAAAACAAGCGGCUUUUCGCCAUCCCUACGCCCAGGUUACCAAAUUUAGAACUGUAUCAGUAAAUUAUCAGGAAGAUGUAAUAUAGACUCUGAAGGAAGGGGCUAGACGUCACAUCGUUUUGCCCACUGGUUAUUGUAUUUAUAAGAUCAAAUACAAUAAUGUAAAAUAAGAGAUGUGAUACCACUAAUGUACACUAGUAUUUUGAAAUAAAAUAUGUAUAAUAGUUAGAAUCGUGUUAUCAAAGUA